AUGGCAUCCUUCGAGAACAAGGUCAUCGCCGUCACUGGUGGGGCCAGUGGAAUUGGACGUGCCGUGGCCCGGGAAUGCGCUCGGCGUGGUGCCUCUCUAGCGCUCGCGGAUUUGCAGGAAAAGGCUCUUCAACAGGUGGCCGAAGAGCUCAAGUCGCAGGGAACAAAAGUCACCACCACGGUUGUCGAUGUGGCGAACUCGAACAGCGUGGACGCAUGGAUUAAGGCCACGGUGGACCAUUAUGGCAAACUCGACGGGGCGGCCAACAUGGCGGGCAUCGGAGGCGACGACAAGAUUUUCCGCAACAUCACCGAAACGGAGAACGCAUCGUGGGACAAGAUCAUUGGAAUCAACCUGGCAGGCGUCUUUUACUGUAUGCGAGCUGAACUCCGCGUCAUGAAGGAAGGUGCUGCGAUCGUCAAUGCCGCCAGCAUCGCUGGCCUGGCUGGCCGCGCGGGAGUGUCGAUAUACUCUGUCAGCAAGCAUGGCGUGAUAGGAUUGACCAGGAGUGCUGCAAAAGAGAUGGGCGGUCGAGGCAUUCGAGUGAAUGCGGUAGCACCAGGUCCCGUCCAGACGCCCCUGUUGGACAAGGUUCUCGACGAAAGCGGAGGAAAGGGUAAGCCGGUAGCUGACACACACGAGUACCUAGCCAUUAGCAGAUUGGGGACUCCGGAAGAGCUAGCGAAGACAUUUGUCUUCCUGUUGAGUGACGACUCGAGCUGGACCACGGGAUCUAUAUACACAGUCGAUGGAGGCGCAAUGUGUUAG